GUUUGACGCCCACACAACUCCCAAUACACAAACCAGCCACCCCAUUAAUGCCAGACGCCACAACCACCACUCCAAACCACCACACAAUGGGCUCUCCCAGCCAGCAACAAUACCACCUCCCCGCAGGCGUCCACCCCAUCCCAGAACACGAGCUCGACCUCCGCCCGGACUCCUCGAUCGACCAUGCCCUCCUGCACCCCAGCCCCGUUACCGACGAGAAAAACGUCUGGUUCUUCUGGCACAGUGGCUACGCCAACAUGCACCCUUACACACAGCGCAACGUGCGUACCUGGUACCGACGCUUCUCCAAGGCCGGCUGGGCCAUCCGAGUCCUCGACCGCCAGCCGUCCUCCCCCCUCAACGUCGCCAACUACCUCGACAUCCACGACCCGAAGAACUUCCCCCGCGCCUUCGCAGACGGCACCAUCUCCGGCGACUACGCCAAGCAGCACACCUCCGACCUCGUCCGUCUCCCCCUCCUCCUCACCUACGGCGGCAUCUACGCCGACGUCGGCAUGAUCCAGAUCGGCGACGUGGAUCGCAUCUGGCGCGAGACCGUCGCCAACCCGGACUCGCGCUUCGACCUCCUCUCCUACAACUGCGGGGGCAUCGAUGAGCGCAGCCUCACGAAUUACUUCCUCAUGGCCAGGCCGAAUAACCCGCUUUUUGAACGGUCGCAUCGUCUGCUGCUGAAGCUGUGGGACGGGAAGACGAGUACCGAGGGCAUGCACGCGAGUCCGUUGUUGAAGGACCUGGAGCUGAUCAAGGGUAGUCCGGAUAUGGACGAGAAGGCGUGCAAGGAGUUGACCGACUAUAUUAUCCAGGGCCAGGCCAUGACGCUGGUCAUGGGGCUGGUCGACGAGGAGGAUAGCUGGGACGGGCCCCAAUACGUCGCGGACCAUAUCUACGGCAUCGAGUUCAUGGUCGGCUCGCAGCUUAUCAACCAGAUAACGAACUGGGAUGGAAAGAAGGCGUUCGAGCUGAUGUCUUUGUCGCUGCCUGCGGAGGGCGAGGCGGAGACGACGGACCAGAAACAGGCGCGUGAGAUUGUCGAGGCCUGUCUGUCGAAGAGCUUCGGGUUCAAGCUGGCCCAUGGCUAUAUCUUGAAGGUCAUGAGUGCGACGCUGGGGUCGCUGUGGAAGGAAACUGAAGGGUCGGAUAAUGUGCCCGGCACGUAUGCGCAUUGGCUGAGACAUGGGAUCGUCCACUGGGCUCAGGAUGAGCUUCCCCCGACGUUGCCGUUCACGGUGAUGCAGCCGUUGAAGAGAGGUCCUCUUCUGAGAGAGGAGUAGUUAUACCCUUUAUAGGAUAUUGUUAUGUUACCAUAGACUAGACUUAUAUCCAUUUCUAC